AUGGCCGAACACGCUGCAGAGGUGCGAAGAAAUGUCGCCAGCUCCCAAGUUGCGGCUCAUUCGACGAGACCCGGUCACACAUUUAAAUUCGAUGAGGCCGAAAUUCUCGCAAGAGGUGACAACCGAGUGAGCCGAGAGCUACUUGAAUCAUGGUUUACUGGCCCCCAGUCCAUCAACAAGUGCAAUGAUCUUCCCAUUCAAUACACCGCGCUGAGACUUCGUCUAGGCGGAGUAAUUGGUCACGCGGGGAGCGCACAUGUGAACACUCGUCCCAACACCCGGGUCAGCGCGUCAGAUGGUCGAGGAAUCAUCACACCAACAUCCAACGCACGUGAUGAAAUUGCAGCAAUUAACGACGCGAAUGUCGGCCAUCACGCCACGUGCAACGAUCCCUUAUGAAGGGGAGGGAGCCGUGAAUAUUCAUAGGUAUACGGUAGCAUGGCUACUGCAUCCUAUAAAUACCGCAGCCCCUUGUGCAUCAACCACCCGUUUCUGCUUUUUUGUCUCUGAUGAUGGAUUCGAGUAGGAAUCCGAAACGUCAGGCUAAUAAAGCUCUUGUCCCAGCGAUCGUGUCUUUUUCUUCAAGGCUGCUUCCUGGGACUCGUCUCUUCGCUUCUAUUGGCAAUUUCUCUUCCGCUUUCUAUAAGGACAAGCGGAGAAAACAGUCCACUGAAAAGUCCGAUCUUGGUCAACGUUGUAUGCGUCUAGGAGGUCUGGGGAGUCAUCAAUUGCCAAACGAUGUCACUGAUGAGGAUGAGAAACCCCCCGUCAUGACGCACCCGGCAGCUUGGGAUGAAGUCACGGUGCAUUUGCCUGUAAUUGAGAGGAAAGAACGCAUUGUAACUACAUCUCAUAUUCAGUCCUCCAAUUCUGUUUGGUUUAAACAAGUAAUCAUAGGACUAGUGCUCAGAUGAGCACUGUCAUCGAGACCCUUAGGGAACAGUCCAGUUGCCGAGACAUUAUCACACUAACUGCCGAGACCACCGGUUAAAUUUGACCGUUGAUGAUGAGGACGUGACUGAACGAGCCAUUAUCGGCCCCGUUACAAAAACUGGCAAUGAACGUGGGAGCUAAUUCUUUCUGUAUCCUGGUAAUAUCCCGGCAACAAUAUCCCAUAAAUAACACGGCCUAUUUACAGCCAUUGCUCCUGCCCGUUAUUACAUCUAGUUGUUGCUUCGAACAGGAAUCAGAAAUGUCAGGCAAACAAUGACGCAGUCAUGGUGAUCGAAUCACACCUCUAACCCAGUUGAAUUCAUUCGCACCCAGCCUUCGAUGUGGCCGUCAACACUGCCCGCCGUGCUGCAAACCUGCGGAAAGCCGACAAAAAUAUUAAGCAAAUUAGCUAAACAGUCCCGGUAAGUCACUUAGCCAUACUUUGUCUAAUUUGCCAGAAGACAAUAUAAACAGCGGGUACGCACACGCAGAGAUGCCAGUAGUUUAAUGUGGAACUGUUUCGGGCUUAUUCUAAUCUCGUUCAGCCAAAAAUGUGCUACUAGCUGUGCGGAAAUAUAAUUAUUUGCACAGAGGCAAUGCGAAUGAUUGCUACGACAAAGGAUAAUAUACCCUGCUGAAGCUAAGAGGCUCUCCUGGCGAAAGUGCCCAGUACUUUGACCUGCAGGACAGUCAUAUCCAACCAGCAUACUCACCUUCUUUUGAGCGACUGUCCUUUUUUCUCUUUAAAAAGUCAUUGAAUCUUGUUUGUUUUGCCCCUUUCAAAACAUGAAGGAGUUUUUUCACUGUUCGCUAGCCAUUUCCAAUAUCAGAUUGCCUAUUUGCAAGCACGAACUGAACACUUUGCAAUGUUUGCCUACUAGCUCUAAAAUUCGCCUGAAAAUGCAUUAUUACUUACCGUGAAAGUAUGCUUGUGGGUAUUUUAUAGAACUAUUUAUUUAUGGGAGUUCUGCGUCAUCUACAAAAGAUGUCGCUUAUGUUUCAGUUACUAAAACAAUUGCUAGACAGCGAUCGAACACCAGAGUCUGAAGUAAGGCCAGCUUAUUUAACAAGAAUCUUGGAUUUGGAACGAAAAGAUAAAGUGAUCAAAGUGUUUAUUUCUGGAGGAGGAAGAGGAGGAGGAGGAGGACGAGGAGGACGAGGAGGACGAGGAGGACGAGGAGGACGAGGAGGAGGAGGAGGAGGAGGAGGAGGAGGAGGAGGAAAGCCAUACCAUCCAACGGUUGACCGUCCACGGAAUAUAG